AAAAAUUUAAAAAUUGAAUUGGCCUCAAGCUGGGUCUUUUUCAUUUUAUUUUUGACUACAUUCACUCUUUUACCCUUUUUUAUUCUUUUAAUACACUCUUUAAUUUAAAAUUUCGCUUCAAAUACACGGUCGUACUUACAUAUUAACUUUAUACUUUAUUCGCAUUUGACAGCAGCACACUAGAUAGCAACACCCAAUGGAUGGACCGACAGAGACACUCGAUUCAAAGGCAGAGCUCGACCAAGAAGAAAUUGAACGGCUACUGCGGGAGAACCGCGCCCUCAAAGGCCGACUGGACGAACUGGAGCGCGAGAACCGGCUUUUGAAGCAGCGCAACUUUGAUCUGUCCAUGCGCUAUGGCCGCAGUGUGGAAAACCGCCGUCAGCCCUUUGAACUAGUAUUUUCUGACAGCGAGAAUGAGGGCGAGCAAGGUCAGAACAGCGACGAAGCCGAAGGCGAUAACCGGGUGGGUGAGGAGGAUGCCGCUGAGAAUAGUAGCAAUGUCAGCGAUAAUAAUAACAAUGAGGCCAGCAGCGAUGCUGGUGGAUAUACAGUUGAGGAGAGCGAUAUUAGUCGGAAAGGGGGCAGCGGCACGGAAGGCUCGGGCGCGCGCGAGCAGCGGCUAAAUAUCCUGAUGGGCACUAAUUUCAGCAGCAUAUCUGCGUCGGCGGAAGCAGCCGAGGGCGCAAGCCCGGCCAAACGAAGAAAUAGCAGCACCCACAAGAGCAGCAGCAACUUGGGUACUGACCGCGCGACGAGGGAUGCAUCCGCAGGGAAAUUCGACACUGCUGCAUUGGAAGCCGAUGGAUCAUCCAGGUACGCCGACAGCGAGUCGCCAGCGCUUACAAAAGAGAAGAAGAGCUUGCGCGAAAACGCCGAUGAGCGACAGGGCGUGGCCGGUGGAUCGUCGCGGCGCAAGGAGGCAAAACAGCUCAAAUGCUAUGCGGAGCUGGAAGGGCACGAGGGGGCGAUCUACUCGACGCAGUAUUCGCCGACAGGCGACCGCGUGGCCAGUGCGUCUUUCGACAAGAGCGUGCGUAUCUGGGAUGUGGGAGAGCAGAAGCCCCUGGCAGUGCUCAGUGGCCACCAUCAGAGCGUCUUUGACGUGGUAUGGCGCGACGACAGCAUAGCCGUGGCGUCGGCGGGCUUUGACCGGUCGUGCAUAGAAUGGGACAUUGAGACCCAGGAGGCCACCACCCGGCUGCAGUGCGACGGGCUGGUGCAGUGCCUGCGGUACUCGACGCACAACCCGCGGAUCAUAUAUGCUGGUGACUCAUCGGGCUUCAUCACCAUCCAUGACACGCGAGAGGCAUCCGGCGGAACAAAACUGAGCAACGAUGGCGCCAUGGUCAACACAAUCUACUGCUUCAAUGACGAGACUCGGUUGGUGUCGGGCGACCGCAACGGCGAGAUCAAAAUGUGGGAUGUGCGGAUAGGCCGCUUCAUGCGCCUGGUCAGCUCAGACACCCAGCGUCACGCCAUCAGCCACAUCAGCGUUGUCAAAAACGAGAAGAGCGGCACCGAGUACAUGGCUACAAACUCGUACGACAAUGUGCUGCGCGUGUACGAUCGCGUCGAUGACCCGUCUGUGCCGACUCCCCGCGUUAUCCACGAGCUGCAAGGUAUUCGCAGCCGCAACUGGCCCAUCAAGAAUGCCUUUUUGGACCCACGUGUGGCCCAGGAAAAGCUCAUGGGUCUGUACGACGAUGAUUAUUACGAGCUGGACACGCGCUCCCAGAGCGAGGCCCGCGGCCUGCGCUCGAUGCUGUUCCUGAUCACUGGCAGCGCCGAGCCGCUUGCCUACUUGUACAAGCUGAACACGCACUCCAAAAGCGUGCGGAUCGAUGACAAGGGGAAGCAUGGGAUGCGACAGAGGCUCGAGGGCCACUCGGACAGGGUGUAUGCGGUGGCGACGCACCCGACCGAAAUCAAGGCGUGUACAGCCGGCGCCGACAGCACCAUUCGACUCUGGCACAUCCCAUCGGCGGGCCGGCUGCUCAAGGAAGGCUACUAGCUCGAAAGCACAUAGUAUCUGUGGUUUGUUUUUUGGGGAGCUGAAUCGUGGCGGUGGCGGCAUCUUUCUCCCCUUGUGACUGGGCUGCCGGUGACCAACUAGACUUUAUGGGCAAUAGAAAGAAGGACAUGUGUUAUCUUGCGUCGCAAGUACUAUUCUCAGACCUUUUAUAAUCAGUCGAAUAUAGCGAAACAAAAGUGCCAAGCAAAACUUACGAUUUGAGACGCCAAAAUGCACUACAGACCAUCAUGUUCUGGUCGUGGUCUGCCCAAUAGCGAAUGUCGGAAAUAUGCAGACGAAAACCUUGCAGAUCCAUUCUUUUCUGGGCUGCAAAGAUGUGCGUGCUAUUUGUGUGCUCAGUUCUUUGAAGCUGCCGGGAUUGGCAGGCUGUGAAGAAGGAGGGAGAAAUCGAAGUGAGUGUUGCUUAUUUUUUUCCCGCCAUUUUUGCAAUAAAAAAGUGCGAAAAAACAGUUCA